AUAUCUUUUCAUGGCAGGGCUGGUAAACUUCUCGCUCUACGAUUGCUGUGCGAGUCAACGCAGGCGCAAGGCCCGGGCGCGCCAUCGUCCUGCAAUAACCGAUUGCAUUUAGCGCAUCUCAAUCUAUACCAACGAGCUUUACAUCAUGGUCUAACCGGCGAAGACAGAUCUGUAGUGGACGUGUUGGUUGAGUAUGCAGCGCCGAGGUACUUAUCGCUCGCGCUCGAUGGCUACUCCCUGCUGCUGCUGGACUUCGUGCACGCCUCCACCGUCGUGCUCAACUCAUCCGAUAUGGGGCCGUCGUGUCCACGCACGGCCGCCGUGACAUUCCUGGGCUCUCUGUUGUCGCUCCCGGACGAACUGAUGAACGCGCCGAUGCUCCAACCAUACCCACACCAGUACAACACAGUGUCCUGUCCAGAUCUGAAGGAGCACGUGCUGAACAUCGUGGUGCGCGUGUGCCGGCGCGAGGGCAGCGCGGGCGCGCGCGGUGCCGGCGCGUGCGCACUGGCUGCGCACCUCGCGCACGUGCUCGCCACCCGCGCGCACCAGCCGCGCCUGCCCGACUACCUGUUGUGUCUGCUGCAGAUGCUCAUGAUGAAAAACAAGAACUUGGCAAAAGUAGUGAGCGACUGCAUACUGGUCCUAGCCGACUACACAGACCGCAUAAUAGAGAUGUACCCUGGACUCGCUGGUAAAAUAAUAAAGUGGAUAUGCGCGUGCCUGGUGCAAAUAUCUCCGAACAGCAGCCGCGACUCCGUGAAGCCGCUGGCCGGCUCGCUGCUGCUGUGCCUCGCCGAGUUCGCGGUGCGCUGCGGGCCCGCCUACCUCAUGCACGAGAAGGACGGCGACCAGACCUUAUUGCUGAUGAUAUUUAAGGUUUUACAUGCGGUGAUGAAAGGCACGAAUGGCGCUGACAUUGAGGGGCUUUCGCUGCCCGUUGACGAGGACUUCGAUCCCAACAUUCAGCUGGAUAACCUGGGGCCAAAGACUUCGCCGGCGUCCACUAUCGAUGUCAAGCUGUGGGCACAAACGAUCUGCACGCAGCUGGUGCUGUUCCUGGGCCACUGGCCGCUGUGGAGCGGGUGCCAGCUGUCGUGCCUGGUGUGCGAGCAGCACGACAGCCCGGCGCUGGGCGGCGAGCUGGGCCCGGCGGUGCUGGGCGCGCCGCACGUGCAGCUCAUGCGCCUCAGCGACGCCACGCUCGCCUCGCUCGUCGACCUGCCGGCGCUGCACCUGCCGGCCGCCACCACGCCGGGUUUGUCGACAUCCGACCGGCAAGUGCGCGUGUUACUGCGCGACAUCGCUGGCAAGGCUUGUUGGGACGCAUCCGCCCUUUACUACGACCCUUCUGUGGGCUCGCUCGAACCUCUUGAACCACUACCUUUGCCUGACAGCACGGACAGUCCUCGGGAUGACACAUUAUCAUCAUUACCACCGCCGCUGCCACCAGACUUGUUACCAGACUACAAAAACUCUCCCCCAGACAAGCAUCAGUUGGACCAUGUAUUGGCGUACAUCGGCCACACGUCGCCGGAAGUGACGUGCGGGCGGCGGCUGGACGAGCCGGGCGCGUCGCCGCUGCCCGCCGGCGCCGAGGACGAGCUGCUCGCCGCACUCGUCGCGCAUCGCAACCACGAGCGCAUGUACCUGGCGCAGCGGGACAGCUGCGAGGAGCCGGAGGUGUGCGAGGUGGUGCCGGAGGGCGGCGCGCGUCCGUUCGCGGUGUGCCGACUACUGCUGGCACAACUGGGCACGCUGGCGCCGGCGCGCCGCACGCAUGCGCACCUGCUGCGCCGCACCGACGCCAUGCUGCGCGAGCUCAGGAACCUCGACGCGCAGAGAUGUCGCGAGACUCACAAAGUGGCCGUCAUAUACGUGGGCAAGGGACAGGAGACUCGCAACGAAAUCUUAUCGAACCGCUGCGGGAGUCCAGCAUAUGAAUCGUUCUUGGCUGCUCUUGCGUGGGAGGUGGAGCUGGAGAGCCACGUGGGGUUCGCGGGCGGGCUGCGCGGCGGCGGAGGGGGCGGCGUGUCGGCGCCCUACCUCGCCACGCUCACGCUCGAGGCGCUGUUCCACGUCGCCACGCGCAUGCCCGCAGACUCGCCCGACGCCAUACUUAACAAGACUCGACACCUGGGCAACGACGAGGUGCACGUUGUGUGGAGCGAGCACUGGCGACCGUACAAGCGCGACACGCUGCCCACGCAGUUCUGCGACGUGCUGAUCGUCCUGUACCCGCUGGCCGGAGGUCUGCUGCGCUGCACCGUCUCCAGGAAACCAGAUGUGGCGGUGUUCGGUCCGCUGUGGGAGGAGUGCAUCAUCCACGUGAGUUGCUGCGCGGCGCUGGUGCGCGGCGCGGCGUUCGCGGGCGGGCGGGCCGUGCGCGCCACCAUGCCGCUCUACCAGCACGCCUACAGCGAGCGCGCGCGCAGUCUCGACGCGCUCGUGCACCACCACACCCAGCCCACCACCUUCGAGCAGUUCGUCGAGCGCAUCCGCGAGCCCGUGCCGCAACACGCGCCCAACACCGAAACCGGAGGAGGCGGCGGCAGCGGCAGCGGGCGACUGGCGGCGGCGCUGCUGGAUGCGGGCGCGAGUGCGUGGGGCGGCGCCGUGGAAACUCACAGCGUGUCGCCGCGGCCGGUGAAGCGGCUGGGCCCGUUCAAGCGCCUGCCGCACGUGCCGGGCGCGCCGCACACCGCGCCACUGCCCUCCGACCCCGCGCCCUCGCUGCGCCGCAACCGGUGAGCUGGCGCGAAUGUACCGACAUCCAUACAAAGCGACGCCUUUUCAAGCUUCUCAUUGUAUACUGAUGACUGAUGACUGAUAUAAAUGCGUUGUCGUCCGCGUUUGCAUCAAUUUUUAUCAUAUCCAAAA